AUUGAAUGGGUAGAAAUCGUGGAGCCGCGCACCAAGAAACACAUGUUCGCCAACCUGACGACGGGCGAAUGCGCAUGGGAUGCUCCGCAUGGCGUCAAAAUCCGGAAGACGCAUCACAACCAAUGGUGGGAACUGUAUGAUCAAAAUACUGGUCGCUUCUACUAUUACAAUACGACCACACAAAAGACGGUCUGGAAUCGUCCUCAGAAUUGUGAUAUCAUCCCUCUUGCAAAACUGCAGGUAAAUAAUUACUUACUCAGUGAUUGGCUUACUGACGCACCGAGUGGCCACAAUGACGGGUGUAUUUCACCCCGCCUUUGGUCUUAG